UUCCCUAGCCUACCUUGAAAAAAAGAGAGAAAAUUAUCUUCUACCUCUAAUAGCAUACAGGGAUGUUCCUAACUUAAAUUUUCCCAAACAGAAAUUGGUUGUGGGCAGGCCCCAAAAUGGGUGCAAUCAGAAGAGCGACGACGAACAUGAUCCUCAGAGAUAUCUUCCGUCCUUCCCUCAGAUCACUGUCACUGUCCUUGGGAUCUGCCCGCAUGUUCCGAACCUCGCUGCCGAGCUUGAGUGCGCCCCUCCGCCUCAUGUGCCGGAGUAUCGGCUCCUGCCCCGUCCGUUGCGCCGCCCUGGAUUCCGGCGACGGCGGCAAGAAGGCUCCGGCACGGCUGUCUCAGAUUCAGCAACUCAUGCUGGAUGCCGAAGAGAGAGCUGCUUCUGCCGGCAACGAACCGAUUCCCAAAAUCAAAUUAG